CUGUGUGUCAGUCUCAUUAUGGAGAGCAGACGGUGCAGGACACACAGAGGCUGAAGCCCUGUAUGGGGGCCAGAUCCUUACUGACAGGGGGGAGGGACAGCCAAUGAGAAGCCCCCGUGCAGCCUGCAGCACCCAUCUGUUGUGCUCUGGACUCUACAGCUGCCCCCCCGCUGCCUUUAUUUGUGCCCCCAGACUCAGAACAAAGUCGCCUUUAUACUCUCACCAUGGAAGCAGCGCAGAGGAUUUAGCAACCACCCCCCCUUCUUCUUUAACUUUCCCCCAGCCUCCCUGUGUCUCCCUGCUGUUGGCUGUGCAUCUCCGGCUCAGAAUGCUCCCCAGGUCCAUGACCUCCUUCACCCUCAAGCAGGACCCCCAAGAUGCCCCGCUCAGAAGCUCCAAGUCGCAGAGAAUUAGCAAGUACAUGGCUGGAAGUGCGGCGCUGAAAUGCCUCCCAGGAGAAACUAUUCAGGAAGAAGCCAUACGAGUGAAGAAGUGUGUGCACUAUAACGACGGACCCCACUAUAUUUUGGGAACCCUGUAUUGCACCAACUACAGAACUGCCUUCAGGACAGAACACCCUGAUAAAGACUCUGCGGAUGAGGUGCUGUUUGACAAUGACAAUGACAUCGCUCUGCCCUGCGUCGACAGGAUUGUGGCGGUGGCCGGCCAGACCAAAAUGAAGGCUGUGACGGCCCAGUCUAACCUGAAGUUUAUCCCUGAGGAUCUGCUAAUAUACUUUAAAGGAUUUCGGCUCAUGCACUUUCAGUUCAGCAACGAGGGACUGCAGCCGCAGGCUUACAAAAUCACAAAAGCCAUUCUCCAGUAUCAGCAGAAGAGCUGCCCGACAAUGAAAAAACGCAACACCGUGCUCCAGAACGUAGAUAACAAACAGGAUGGCUCGCCAGUGGACUUCCCUACGCAGCUUUUCGAGUCUUACAGUGACUGGGAGAAUGAGAUAGACAGGCUCAGGGCCUCAGCUUGGAGAGUGAGCCCCGUCAAUGAACGAUGUGACACUUCCACCAGCUUAUCCAAGUACAUUGUGGUUCCCUGCAAGCUCCUGGACAAUGACCUGAAGAAGACCUUUGCCCACUUCAACCAGAGGCGCGUUCCUAGGUGGUCCUGGCAUCACCCUGGGGGAAGCGACCUGCUGCGGUCGGCUGGAUUUGAAACCAACACCGAACCUGAUAAAGAAAACAUGAGAUCCAUACGAUCCUUGCUCUUUGCCAACCAUUCCCAGUGUGUGAUUGUGGACACGAGCGAUGAGCUUCCUUCUGUUUCAGAUAUUCAGCUCGCCUAUGGGAAACUGCGCACUCUGUGCAUAAAUGAUCCGUCUGUAAUGGUGUCCGAUGAGAAGUGGCUCUCUAAUAUGGAAGGUACACGAUGGCUGGACCACGUCCGGCUUUGCCUAAAGAAGUCCAGCGAGAUCUCCAUUUUCCUCGGCGAGGGGAAACGAUCUGUGGUUCUUCAAGAGUCAGAGGACCGUGACCUGAACUGUCUGUUGGCGUCUUUGGUUCAGGUGAUGUCGGACCCUUUUGUUCGGACAAUAUCGGGGUUCCAGAGCUUGGUUCAGAAGGAGUGGGUAUCUGCAGGGCACCCCUUCCUGCAAAGGAUCAAUCCAUUCAAGGAAACAGACAAGGACGAGUCCCCGGUAUUUGUGCUUUUUCUGGAUUGCAUCUGGCAGCUCAUCCAGCAGUUCCCAAGCGCCUUUGAGUUUACAGAGUCCUACCUGCUAGCGCUACAUGACAGCACCUUCAGCCCAUUCUGCAGCAGCUUCAUGCGCAACUGCCAGUGGGAGAGAAUCCGCGGAUGCCAGAGGCAAUUCUAUAGCCAGACAUACACUCCUCUCAAUGGAUGGAGAGACAUUGUGCGCGACAGGAUUUUGCUGAAUGGAGAUUACACAGUGGAGGAAGAGAAACCGACUCCCGUAACUGCAUGGCAAUGGGAUCUAUUUUACGAUCGCUUGCGCCGGCAACAGUUUAGGAACCCAAUUUACCAACACAAGGAGCAGCCCAUGCAGAACAGCAAUGGCAUUGUGGACAAGGCAAGCAAACUGGAUGCCCCCAGUCAGUGCCAGAUGUACCGGCUUUCCAGGGGGUCCCUUGUGCUGCAGUCCCCACUCUUGUCACUCAAAAAUGGCACGGUGUCGAAGAAAGGGGCGCGUCGGUCCCAGUCCCUGGAGAACCUGCUGGAUGAGGAGCGCCAGUUCAGGGCCAACGUCAGCCCCCAGCAUUCUUCCACUGACCUCCUUCAGCCACUUUGUGUGGGGCCCUGGGUCCGGCUGUGGAAAAGAUGUUAUCUGCGCUGUGCAACUGAAUUGCAGUUGGAUCUGCCGCCUCCAUCAGCUGCUGCUUUGGCAAAGGAACUGAAAUCUCUCCUGGAGAAGCUCAAGAACUUUCACAUUACUAAUAGCCAAGAACUUAAUCCCAGCCUUACAAACCAGACUGCUGGUAACAGCUUCUCACUUUCUUCUUAUGGGUAACGGGCCCGUUCCUCAAAAUAACAGCGACAGACAAAGCAAGGAGAAUGGAGGAGCUGGCUCGGAAUUGUUCUGACUGUUCAGAGGGAAAUAUUGGAAUCCCUAUGUCAGCUCCUCGGGACCCAGGAGAAGUCCCAGAAUGCAGUGCCUGCCAAGGUCCCAGAAAGCAGUGCUGCACAAAGUGCUGUAUAAACAGACAACUCACAGAACUUAACAUAUAACCAAUGCCAGAUGCAUUUGAGCAGCCCUUGUGUAUGGACUGGGGGCCUUCGCUUGUUGUACCAAAACUAUCCCAUGUCCAAUGAAAGCCUGACAUCUAGCUGUGAAGUAUCAGCAUUGUAGUUAUGACAGUGUGACUGCGGGAUGUUGCCUAAAUGUGUUCCUAUGGCGCCCUCUUCUGAUGAAUAAUGCUUGUCUGUUUGUAAUUCUUGCAGAGUUAUUAUAUGGCACAAGACCAUAUUUAUAUCAUAUUUAUAUAUGUAUAUAGAUAUAUAUUGGAUUACACACCAUUCCCUUUGCACUAGUUUUGCUGCUUGAGCAAGUCAAUGAACCACUUUGCUUACCAUAGCGGCUGGUUACCUGCUGCACUACCUCUGCACCUAUUUAUUGCCCUUUCCCAGGGUACUCCUGCACACUCCGUGCCACAUGUAGCACCAAAAUCUGCCAGAUCUCCUUCCUCCUUUGCCUGAUGUCACUAGGAAAUACUGAGAUGUUGGCGACGCGUUUUGAGCUGAAUGAUACAGGUGACAUAAGCCUUAAAAGUAGAUGAAUCCCUUUGCCACUAUGACACCUGUCUCCCCCUCUCUCUUCAUUCAAAUACAUGAGCAGCGAAUGGCACCUGCUUGACAUAUAUUAACAGGUCUGCCUCUGUGGGGGGCUCAUUCACACUGAGGGCUUUAUAUCUGCAAGUGACAAGAAAAUAUUUAUUGAUUUGUCGGUCAAUAAAGGCUACUGCUUUGGAUAGGAGGCACCGUCAGCCAUUUUGUGUACCACUGGUCAUAAUAAAAUCUCCUAAAUAGCCCUGCUCCUCUGAGAGUUGUGCAGUGGGGUUGGAGGCUGCCAUGAUGGGCUGUGUCACUUCUACUCCCUUGCCCAUUGGUGCUGAUUGCCCAAAAGGAGCACGUGCACUAAAGCCAAUUUGGUUCUGGUUGGUUCUGGCAAACAUGGUGACUGCCAGCUGCACUAAACAAUGCUACCUUAGAAAGACUAGGGGGCUAGAGAUGUUUUGGGGAGCAAGGCUGUGGCAGUUAGGAGGGUAGGCUGUGCAGGGUCCCUAUGUUGGCUUAGUGGGGUUAGUUUACCUUUUAAUUAAUUUCAUGCAUUCCAAAGCAGUAUUUUAUAGUAUUAGGGGAUGAUUUGUGAACAUAGGUGCUGCCAAUAGCAACCAAUCAGCAAUCGUCUAAUGCCACUAUGUCUAAUGCAAUAAAAUGUAUUAUAAAAUUUAUACUUAGUUGCCACUGGCUACUGCACUUGUGCACAGGGGCAUUUUUGGGGUCUAUGCCACCCCCCCUUUGCACCCAACACUUACCUUUCCGAGCCUCGCAGAGUUGCAAGGGGAGGGGGGCUUCAAUGCUAGGCUAGGGCAAAGAGCACAUUUGGGCAGAGCCAAAAUUCCAAUUUAAAAAUCAGAAUUUCGUGGUUCACCUUUACGUUAACUGUUAGUAUGUCACAGAAUGUCCUAUUCCUCGCACUUGGCCUUCAAUAUUUUUUAUAGUUUUUUUUUUAUUCAUUUGCCUUCCACUUCUACAUCUUUCCAGCUUUCAAAUGGGGGUCACGGACCCCAGCAGCCAAAAAUCAUUGCUCUAUGAUCUUUAAAUGUUAUAAUUAUUGUCACUUUUUAUUAUCUUUUUAUUUAAUCGCUCUCCUAUUCAUAUUUCAGCUGAUGAACAAAAAGCUAAACUACUGAAAAACCACAAAACAUAAAAAUGUGUCUUCACCGUACUUGAAAUUAACUAAAAGGUGAACUACCCCUUUAAAAUGUUACCAAGAGCGGCUUUUUUUGCCCCUGAGGCAAGUUUCUUCCUUAAGUCUCUGUUGCUAUACAAAUAUAUUUAUAUAUAAUACUCACUUUCUCACGUGGUUUCAAAGUAUACAAAUUUUUCACUUGAUUGGUUCCCUUCCUUCUGUACCGAUUUCUUUAAAAUACAGGUGUCAAUAGAUUAAUGCCAUUCUGAUGACUAAAUGAGUAUUAUUCCACGCAGUUUGAUCAUCACUCUGUAAUGACAAAGAAUGAAAUAUAUAUGCAAUGUAUGUUGAUUGCGCCACUGUGAAAUGACACGUGCAUUGCUGGGUGCAGUGGGAUGAGUUGUACAUAUCUGCAGCAAUGCAAUGUUUCUAUACAAGUUCCGAAAUGUGAGAUAUUUAUAAUAAACCAUUUGUGUUGUUC